AUGGUUGAUAUUAUUUCUCAGCAAAUAUCAUUAAACGAUCAAUUGCAUCAUGAAGUAAAUCUAAUUUCUGAAUUAAUCUUUUCCACCUGUGCAAUAAUAUUGCAAAAACCAUUUGCGCAUUGCAAACAUAACUGUGAUAAUCCAGAAUUAGAUGAAUUUCUUGAUUGUUCAGCAUGUCAACAAUCUGUGUUUGUUUAUCAAAUUGUUGCUAAAAUUAUGGAACGUUUAUCACCAAAAGAGCAACUUUGUAUAUCAGUUAAUAAUGAUGAGCCAACAAUUGAUUGGAAAACACAAAUUACCAAUGCAUCACCAAAACAAUCACCAGUUGAUAAAUCUAAUUCAUCAAUGACUGUACCAUUACCAAAUAUCUUAUCACCAAUAUCAUCAUUAUCAUUUAUUCAAAAAUCAGCAACAACACAUACAGCUGAACUUCAAUUUCAAACAGCUACCAUUCAUGAAACAAGCAUCGAAUUUGUUGGUUUAUUACCUAGUGAAGAGGUGGAAACAGCUGUGGCACACGCAACAACAUUAACGGAAACAGACGUAGGACGUGAAACAUGUCAUAUUGUAACGUCAUCAUUAGUUGAUGAUAUUAAAGGAACACCAGUGGAAAAUGCAGUGGAAAAGGAAACAACAAAAUUUUGGAAUACUUCAGUUGGACGUUUCCGCUUUGCGCUUUCUGAUUUACCAUCUCAACUUUGCCUUAUUCAUUCUAUUUUAACGAAUUUGGAAAUAGAACCUGAAGCAGAUGCUCAUUACUAUAUGCUUAGAACAGUGAAAUUUAUAUGUCUUCAUUGUGAAUCAUUAUUAAAUGCUCGUCGUGAACAUCGAGGUUAUUUAAUUUGGGCACAAGAAAAUUUACUCAUACCAAAGUUAUGGACAUUACUUCGUUCAGAUCGUUCACAGUUAGCUGAAUUAGUAAUUCCAUUAAUUAUGCAUUGUAUAACAUUACCAAGUGGUGAAGAAAUGUUUUGGAAAGUUGUUAAUACACAAUUUAUCAGUGAACAAUGGGAGGAACGUUUUUCAGCUGUGGAACGAACAACUGUACUUCUUCAAUUAGCAAUGAUUAAUUAUAUUUAUUUUUCUAAUUUCAAAGAAAAAAAAAGGAAAGAUUUGUUGCAUUUAAUGAAUAUUCUUUAA